UUGCCUCUCUUCCUCUUGCCCUCUUCUUCAGUUCUUCUUCUUCUUCUUCUUCUUCUUACAAUUUCACGAUUAACAUUCCAUCAAAAUUAACAUGUCGGCUGCUGUUGCGGCUGCGGCGGCUGCGGCCUCCUCUCUCAGCCGGUGCAACGGCUCCACAAACAGCAGUUCCGGGAGCCGGACCCAGAGCCAGCACCAGCACCAACUUCAAGCAUUGAUCCCUGCAGCAUGUCCACCAGUUCUGAGCAGGUACGAGUCCCAGAAGCGGCGAGACUGGAACACGUUUGGGCAGUACCUGAAGAACCACCGCCCACCAUUAACUCUCUCCCGCUGCAGCGGUGCCCAUGUUCUCGAAUUCCUCCGGUACCUCGACCAGUUCGGGAAGACGAAGGUCCACAGUGAAAUCUGCCCGUUCUUUGGGCAUCCUCACCCGCCGGCAGCAUGCCCUUGCCCGCUGAGACAAGCCUGGGGCAGCCUGGAUGCUCUCAUCGGGCGCCUCCGUGCAGCCUUUGAAGAGAACGGUGGGCAGCCGGAGACCAACCCGUUUGGGGUACGGGCUGUGAGGCUGUACCUUAGGGAAGUGAGGGACGCUCAGGCCAAGGCUAGGGGGAUUGCGUAUGAGAAAAGGAAGCGUAGGAAACCACAACUUGAGAGUAGUGUGGAAGGGUUAACCGCUACAAAUGGUUCUCCUGAUUAUGGCGAUGUGUAGAUGUCUGAGUCAAAUGUGGAGAGUACUGUGGUUGUGGCCGCUGGGGCUUCAUCCGAUCAUUCCAGGAGUUCAUUGAUGCAGUUAUCCGUUGCUGAACUAGCUAGUUGUGUUAAUUAUUUAGAUGAUGGAUUUUAUUAUUUUAACUUUUUAAUUAAUUACUGUAAUGUGCCUCCACACUCCGCGCGCAGUAGUAGUGUAUUACCUACCUCCAGCAACAAGGGAUAAUUUUAUCCUUUAUUAUGUUAUAUUAUAUAUUGUUUCUAUAGAUUUCCUUGUAAGCUUUUGCGGUUCAUUAAUUAAUUCUCUCAUUUGCUUUACUC